UUGACCUUGUUCUGACAGACGUCUAUAUGCCAGAAGUGAACAGGUUUCAAUUCCUGAAUUGCCUUGAGAAGGAAUUCAACUUUCCUGUUAUCUUGAUGUCUGCCAAUUUUAUGGAGAAAUUCGUAUCACAAGAUCUUGAAUGUGGCAUUUCACUAUAUAUCAUGAAGCCUUCAAACUCAAAUGAAGUUCAAAACCUCUGGCAACAUCUCCUUGCACAGAAAGCAAGUAAAACAAUGGCAAGCACAUCUGUUAGUGAAGCAACUUGGGUACAUCAAGACGCUAAUAGACCAGAACCACGGAGGAGAAGAGAACAAAAAGAAGUAGAUAAAGAUGAUUCCACCCCACAAAAAAAGCAUAAGGUUCGGUGGACUAAUGAGUUGCAAGAAAAUUUUUUGGAAGCUAUCAACCACUUGGGACUUGAAAGGGCUGUCCCUAAGAGAGUAUCUGAGUUUAUGAAUGUGCCUGGAUUAACUAGACGUCAUGUUGCAAGCCACUUGCAGAAAUACCGUCGGAACUUAAAGCAAGUUCAGGAAGGAAAGCAGUCUACACGUUCUGUGCAUGAAAUACAACAGCUAUUUGGCGGUUCUCCUCUUAAUAUACAACAGCUAAAUUCUCAGUUCUCCAUUAAGUUACCCAACAGGACACUGACUCAACCAGUAUGCGAUGGCAACAUUACCGUGCCUUCCUAUAGUUAUGCUCAUAUGCUUGAACCCAAAGCAUAUGAACAUAACCAUGGGAAGGCAUCUAAAAUUGAUGCAGCUCCUCUAAACAACAACAGUGGAUCAUAUUUUGGGAUUGCAGAACAUGGUACUCAUAAGGGCUUGACUCAGGUGGGUUCAACUCAUUUCCAAGAUGACCAAGUUAACAUUAACAGUCUAAUAAGCAUGUUAAGCACUGAAUCACAAAGCAAUGCCAAUGAACAUCCACGUUUAUUCACCAGUAACCCUUGUGUUGGUGGAAUCAAGAUGACCAGUGAUGGGAAGUAUGUUGGGCAUGACGAAGGGAGUCUUAUAGAUGCCAAUGAAAUUAGAAGUAUGACUCCGUCCAUGUCCCAAAAUUCCGGUCACGAGACUAUGAACCGGUACCCUUCAAUGUUCAUGAACUCCAUUCCACAGCAGCAACAUUCUCUGCCUCCACCUCCACCUCCACCACUUCCAUCACUGCUACAAGAUGAAUCAUACAGUUUUGGGGCCAAUGAAGAUAUUGAUUUUCCAGAAGAGAUUAUUCAACUGUUUCUAAGCAGUGAUUUUGACAAUUUAAUCUCCGAAGAGGACAUUUAAUUUUCAAGUCAUGCAAUUUUGUAACAAACAAAACAUGAAGGUUCAUUCUUACUUUUCUUGUAUUUAAUUCCUGUAGUAAAACGAAUUUUUUGCUCUAUGU